ACAACAUAGAUCAAAUGAUAAAUGACGACAUGUACAGAAAUCAUAGGAUAAAUGACGACGUACGGAGCUCAGAGGAUAAAUGACAACAUGUAUGGAGCUCAGAGGAUAAAUGACGACAUAAUUUGUCUUUGAUGAGCGUUUAUUUUUGGUGGCGGUAAUGCGCCAUUUCGUUGUUUGCCAACCGCCAUAAAACAAUAAAAGAAGAAGAAGCGAGAGGAAGAAGAACAACAAAAACAGAGACUUCCGGAAUGGCAGUCAGUUUGAACACCUGCAGGGGAUGGACUUCGCCGAGUGCUACGGAGACACUGUUGGAAGUGUCGCCGCUGCGGCUCGGUCCGGCUGCAGGAAGCGGCUGAGGGAGCUGAUCCGGAGCGGCUGCAGCCUGGACUGUCGGGACAACCGCGGAUGGACCCCCCUGCACGAGGCGGCGGCCGCUGGCAGCGCGGCGUGCGCGCAGGACAUUUUGUGUGCUGCCGGCGGCGACUCGUCCCGUUGCCGCCGGGCCUACGUGAACUCUCUGACGCACGAGGGGGAAUCUGCGUGUUACCUGGCAGCGCAGCGUGGACACCUGCCGGUGGUCCGACUCCUCCUGAAAGCGCACGCCAACAUCGACCAGCUGACCAACGACUUGUCCUGUCCUCUGUACGCAGCCGUAGACGGCGGGCAUAAGGAGGUCGUGGACCUGCUCGUUCGUAAAGGUGCAGAGGUCGACAGAACACACACGGCAUCCUGCUGGACCUGCCUCCAUCAAGCUGUUUUUAAGGGUCACAGUGAAAUUGUGAGCACGCUGGUUAAGGUGUGCAACCUGGAGGCACUAGAUGACCACAGGAUCUCGCCUCUCUUUGUGGCUGCCCAGUAUGGAAGGCAGGAAUGCCUGGAGAUCCUUAUUAAUGCUGGUGCCAACGUGAACAUGCAGGCAGCUGACCUGGCCACGCCCCUGCUGAUCUCCUCUCAGGAGGGCCACCGGGCGUGUGUGGAUCUGUUGCUGGACCGCGGGGCAGAUCCGAACAAAGCCUGCAGCGCCGACUGGCCCCAGUUUCCCAUUCAUGCAGCCGCAGAGUUCGGCCACGUCGGUGUCCUCAGGCGGCUGAUCGCUGUUACGGAUCGUGCGUGUGACCGCGGCGACGACAUGGUGAGUCCGCUGUACAUGGCCGUCAGCGGGCACCAGGGCGAGAGUGUGGAGCUGCUCUUGGGAGAAGGUUAUAGCCCAGAUGCCCAAGACUGCACACACAGCCUUAGCCUCCGUUCACCGCUCUCCCUCGCCUUCUGUCACACGCCCACCAAACCAUACAGUGAGUCGGUGAGGUUGCUGGUGGCAGCGGGAGCCAGUUUGGCUGAGGAGGACUGGGUUCGUGCCUUGGCCACUGACAGAACGGAACUGCUGCAGCUGAUACUGGAGCACAGAUGGAUCCCUCGACCGGAGACCUUGACGAGGGCCCGUUCCGUGCUGCGGUGUCGUGGGAAAAUUGUGUUCAAGCCGCAGGAGCUGCGGGAGCUGCUCUGCGUGGCACUGGACCAAGUACAUUUCGCCGCCUGCUGGCUUCCUCUUCUUUUCAAGGCAGGAUUGGAGCCUACUCUCCUGCUUCAGCCCCGCAUGUUGGAACAGGCAGACGGCGAGGUGUUGAAUCACCUGCUUGAGUAUGUAAACUGGUCAACUCUGUCUGCUCCGUUAAAACGUGUUCUGGAUCAGAGACGAGUGGAAAAGACCUGGGAACCAUGUCCGGAUUUUGACUCCAUUCCGUGUCUUUCCCACAUCUGCCGACUGCAGGUCAGGGCAGUGCUGGGACCAGAUCUGCUGAUGAGGACCGAUGUGGUCCAGCGGCUCCCCGUGCCCUCCCUGUUUCAUGACUUCCUUCAGUUCAAGGAUGUCCCAGAAGCCUCCUACUCACACCCGCAGUCAUUGCCACUUUUAAAUCACAUCCACAGUACACACCAACAUAGACAUGUUCUUUAACCCCUGACAGUUUUCCCCUUCUAUGUAGCUCUAAGGUUGUUAAAAUCAUCUUAUUUCACAUACACACAUUGUAAAACUUCUUGGCUUGAUGUGGCAGUAAUCCUCACUUUGCUUUAAAAAAAGAAAAGAAUAAUAUGAUAAUAAUUUAGUUUAUUUUGAAUCAAUGCUGCCCUCAACUAUUAUACACUUUCAAUAAAAUAUUUAAUUAAAUAUUA